AUGCCGAUGGCGAGUCGAAUGUCCGCGGCUCAGCAUUUGCUGGUGGCCUUGGAAAAUUUACACAAAGCCGGAAUUGUUCACCGCGAUUUGAAUGAGAGGAAUUGUAUGUGGGGGAUGGUUCCUAUCCACAAUCUCGACAGGAGUGCUAAAUACGAGGCGCUCGGUCGACCAUUAAAGGAACCCAUACCGUACGCCAAUCUCCAGAGGCAGGGAGAACUUGUCGGGCCCAUGACGGUCCCUGAACGCUUACGCACCGAGGAUUUUUAUCUCGGUGACUUUGGUCUAGCUAUGAAGUUAGAUGAUCCCACGCUUCCACGCGGCCAUCCGCCUAUGGAGGUUUGUUCCCCAGAUCGACUUCAUGGGAAAGAUCCAAGUCUUGCCUGUGAUAUGUGGAGCUACAUGGUUCUUUUCGCAGAGCUUUACCUUGGCUUCGUGCCCUUCAAGUCCUGGCUUGAUGGUGGAGUAAUGAGUGGCAUCGUCAAAUGUAUAGGACUAGCCCCUGAGCAUUGGAAAGACCUUUACAUUAACCCUGGCGGUCUUGAUUCUUGGUACGAUCAGAGUCAAACGCCCGAUCAUAACAAUGAUCUCGCAUCAAGAAUCGCAUACUUUCGUCCGGAAGCUGACCCAGUCGAGAAAAAGCACGUGCUCCCCAUUAUGAGCAGAGUAUUUACGUACUUCCCAGAGGAACGUCUGACCGCAACACAGCUUCUGCGAGAUCCUUCAUUCAGAGCUAUCAUGGACACAUAUGGUUGUUGA